CUCAAGCCACUUGGGCCCGAACCAGUUUGGCGGGGCCCAGUCCCGGUAUCUUCGCGUGGUGCUUGAGGGAUCUCACCCAGUGUUUGUUCCCCACAUACAUUCGGUGAGCUCGAAAGCUGGGAUCCGUUUUCACAUCAUACCGCGCACAUGGUCCAAGUGCAGCUUUUGCUCCACAUGCGAGUACAACGACACGUUGAAGAGUCAGGGCUGCAAAUGUUCGAAGUGCUCACGAAAAGUUCGCUUGUUUUGCCCCUGUUCACAGUCAGCAGAGCGCGAGGAUCGCCACGUUCACUUUGUUGAAGAGGCCGCUCCAGACACACCUCGACUCAAGGGCAAGGAUAAGUCUCUGGCCGAGGUAUCCUUUUUCCUUGAGAAGGCCAUGCGCGAGGGCGAUGCUGAGCUACGUGCUGUGCUUGCUGCCCAGAAGACCCGUCUGGAGGCGCAGGCGACGCGUGUCGACUUGGAGCUUGACUUAGCCAAGGAAACCGAGAAUGCGCUGCGGGCAGCAGCCACUUGCCGCGAUCAACUGGUGCAACAGGUCGUGCGGAUCAGGAAGCAGCUGGCGUUGGCCGAAGAAAAAGAGCCAAGCUGCAACCCUCGACCUGGUCAAGGCGGGGGUGACCAAGAAGCGGGCCGCGGCGGCAGUGGCCCAGGCGGAGGGUUUCCGCGAGGCCAGGCCAUCCGACAAGCUAGCGUCAGUCUUCGGCAUCGAGAUCAAUGGCGAGCUUUUUCUUUCAGGAGUUUGAGAGCUGGGGCUGCGAGGGGUCCGAGAAGGCCCAGCUCCGCGCUCUCAAGGCUGAGUUGAAGCAGUAUCGGACAACACUUCAGGAUAAUGGCUCAGACUGGCAGAGGUUCGCUGACCGCGCCGAGAGCGCGCGGGCGAGCAUCCAGGAGAGGAAGAGGAAGCGCAAGGGCGGCGACGGCCAGGCUGCGGACGAGGGCAACGGCAACGGCAGCGGCGAGAAGCCUGCAGAGGUCGCAGCUCCAGCCGCAGCUCCCGCUGGCCCCCCGCGAUGCGAAGCAGGAGAACGACGAGAAGCUCAAGUAGGCGGCGGCUCGUCUGUCCAGCGCCAAGUUCCAGGCGCAGGCCAAUGUCGAGGCCGCCCAGAUCACCCAGGCCAGCGAGUCUGCCAGCAGCUCUGCUGCCGCGGGCAAGGGCAGCGCAGGCAAGGGCAGCCGCGAGUGACUAGCGGCGGCGCCCUGCUCGCGGCCGUCGGCUCGGGGCAGGAGCGCCGGCAGGUCGUCGGCGCCAGUGCGACGGCUACUGGGUCCACUUCCUUCUCCCCUCGCUCUCGCGUCUCCACUAGGUCUACGGCCGGUGCUUCGGGUAUUGGGUCAGCGGCGUCAUCGGCCACCUCGACUGCUGGGAGUCCAGGCAAUUCUGAUGGCGCCGGUCGCUCCUCCCUCUUCUUUUUCGCAACUCUUCGCUGUGUGGGCGACAAGGCCUGGGGGCGCGUUCAGCGUUUGCAGCGGCAGCAGUGCGAUUGCGCGUCUUUCUGCGAGACCCGCGUGAAGGGCAAAGGCGUGGAAAGGAGUCAUCCCUCGAGCUUCUCGCCAACAGUGCGCCGCCCAAGGCGAAGUGGUCCGUUCGCAGGAAUCUGAGCAGGCCUGUGAGGGUGGUGAGUUCUUGUUGGCGCGCAAUCAUCUCCCCGCGCAAGUUUUAGGUUCAGCCAAUCAGCGUCAGGUCUGAAAACCGACAAGGGAUCGGCCUUCGACGGUUUCCGCCCAGUUCUUUUACGCUCCAAAAGCUUUUCGCUAGUAUAUGUCACUUUCAACGGGCACUAGUCCUUAGGAAUUCGAGAUCACAACGUCGAUCGCUUUCGCAGAUUAGUAGUCAGCCUGCUCGAUGUGCUCCAAUUGCCAUGGAUCGUCGCGGCUGACUGGAACCUUUCCCCAGCAGCUCUUGCGAAAACACGUUUAAUCGAGAAUGCCGGGGGGCAGAUUUUGACGGGUAGCCUCGAAUUCACUUGUGCACCGGGCGGGGAUUGGGCCCCUUCGCAUCUUGACCAUCUUGUUGUCUGCUCUGCGGCUCGCUCGUGCGUGCGCAGUGUUCGGUCUCAUAGUGGUGUUCCCUGGAGGCCCCGCGCAGGCUCGAGCAUCGAGCUCGCGGGGUCUGGGGCGCAGCUUCCCGCGGGGCUCCUGCAGUUGGCCCCUCGGUUGCCCCGGGUCUCUCGGCUUAAAAAGAAGGCCACGCUAGGCAGGGCGCUGCUGAAAACCAAAAGACGCAACGCCGCGCAUGUUUCGCGGCGUGGGGAAAGUUGUUUGAAGGUUGACGGCGAAAGUCGGGGGGGCGAGGCGCCGGAAGGAGAGGAAGGCGACAGCGCCGCCUUCGACGGGGCCCGCGACUCCGACUGGGGCGGCGCCUCCGAGUGCGACCCGUAGGCUGACGAGCCCAACUUCGGAGUUGCAGCGCCGCCCGCCGCGCCUUCACUUGUGCCCGAUGUCUCAGUCGAAGCUACGGGCGCCAUUGCGACCUCAGCCCCCGCGGCGUCACCCGAGACCCCUGCGACGGAAAUCCGCGAGGAGCCGUCUCAGUUUCAGUCGUCGGUGAGCUCAGGGUCGGCCCCCGAAGCCGAAAAAUGCGACCCUACCGAAACGAGGUUGGCCGCCAGCAGAAAUAUCGGGUUCUCUCCGAACUCGAUGUGCCCUCCUGCUGCUGCUGUUGCGUCGACCGUAGCUUUUCGGCCGGGGGCCCAAGUUUCACCGUGCAUCGGCGCGCUCAACUGUAGUUGGGUGCGAGCGGUGGCAGAGGCAGUGCACGUUCACCGCCAGCUUCCAGCGCCCGCCCUCUCUCGACGGACCGCUCCGCAGUUGCAGAUUUGUUCGGUUCAGCAGUCGACCCCGCGACGCGCAGCAGCCCUGCGGGGCAAAGUCAGUAGUUGGUGGACUCGACUCUCGACAGUUCUGCGGAGUUACCAGCGGCGCAAAAGACGGGGCAGCGGUGCCAAGCAGAGGGGGUC